GGGCAGCUUUUUGUCUGAAAUUUCAACCCCUGAAGUGAAUUUCUUUUUCUUUGGCACUGGGAGUUUUUUCCCUACGCCGGACUGGGGAUUGAAAAGCGGAGUCAGUGUAAGAAAGUCCGGGGAGAAGAGCGCGGGGCGUCGCCGCGGAAAGAGCUCGGCGGAGGCCGGAGCCCGGAGCCCCUCGGCGCCUCGAAGACAAAGGCGGCGCGGCUGUAGUCCUAGCGGAGCGCGCCGACCCCGCCGCGCCGCGCCGCGCCCUGGGCGCACGGCCGUCUCUCCCGGAGCCGGUCGGAGAAAGAGCUUCAUUCCCCGCGGCUCCUGGCCCGGGCUCCACCCGCGAG